AUUAGAAUUCUUAGGUUAUUAGUACAUCUUCCCGACACUUAUUAUCGAGAAAAAAUAAUGUUCGCUCUAGAUGUAACUGAGGAUAAGUGCUGUGCGUGUUUUGCUGUGAUAAUUUUGAUGAAGGCGAAUCAUUUUUACGGUUUUUAUUUUUGGGAUGUAUAGUAACAUUACUUCUUGUGUUUUAAUCAAAUUGGAAAAACUAAAAAUUCUUAAUUAUUUGUUGAAUGCGUAUUUUCCGUAAAAAUGAAAUCUAAGUUGCUACAGUUACUAUGUCUGGCUUUAUUUUUACACGGAUCAUUCCAAUAUAAUACCUACCCGAGACGGUAUGUCAGAGACCACAGUGCUCAUCUGGAGGCCUGUCCUUCACAGUGCCGGUGCAUGGACCUUAAUCAAAGGUCAACUAGAGGACUAUUUGAUUCGUGGAAUAUAGAUCAGUCGUGGCAAAAUACGGAACCAGAUGAAACUGGACGUUCCGUGGUAUGUCAGGGACUAAGAGAGCUUCCUGCUCGGAUACCCUCAGAUGCUACAAAGCUGACUGUGUACGGCGACAGCAGCAGUAUUAGAUCACGUGGUACACGCCAUACGGACCGUCGUCUAAUCUCCGAAACUCAGAUUCAGUACAUCAACAGAAAUGUAUUCCGGGACAGCGUGUCAAUCAAAGAAAUUAUAAUGUCCGGAAACAACAUCGCUAUAAUGUAUCCCUCAGUAUUUCACUACCUCCGAAGUCUCCAAACCUUGUCUUUAACGAACAAUAAUAUUCGCCAUUUGUCGGCAGCAGUAUUCAAUGGACUCGGGAAUCUUCAGGAACUGCGAUUGUCGGACAACAUGAUAAAGUUCUUACCCUAUACGGUAUUUACAUACCUAACGGAACUCAAAUCUUUAUAUUUGAACGGGAAUAAAAUAAAAAUGUUGCCAAGAGACGUGUUGAAACCACUCGUUAAUCUACAGGUUCUUGAUUUGUCACGUAACAAUAUAUCAGACUUUUAUGAUGCAACGUUUGAUCAAAACGUUAACUUACAAGAACUUUUACUAAACGGAAAUAGACUUUGGAAAAUUCGACCAAGAUGGUUCCAAAACCUUUAUUCACUUCGAAGUCUUUCAUUGAGAGGGAAUGCCAUUGUUAAUGUUCCAGCUAAGUCCUUCGCUAAUUUAUUUAAUCUUGAGGAAUUACUACUUUCCGCCAAUCACAUUGAAGAGAUAGAAAACGGUGCUUUCAAUAAUUUACGUGAUUUAAAAAGCUUAGAUUUAUCUACAAAUGAUCUUCCUGAAAUCCGAUCAUCCUAUUUGAAUGAUCUCGAUUCUCUAUCUGAAUUAUUUUUAUCCAAUAAUAAAUUGGUGCAGAUUAAGAAUGGAACAUUCGAUUUGAUUCGCUAUUUGAAAAAAUUAGAUUUAUCUCGGAAUGACAUCAGCACUAUUGAAACAGGGACAUUCUCAUUACUAAGACAACUUCAAAUAUUAGAUUUGUCGUAUAAUAAAAUGUUGAAAUUUAAAAAGGGAAUCGCAUAUGGAAUUGAGAACCUAGAGGAGCUGCAUCUUGAUAAUAAUUUCAUAAGUAUGAUAGGCGAUGGCGCUUUUAUGACUUCAAAUGUCGAAAGAUUGUCCAAAAUGAAACUUUUGAACUUAGAACAAAAUAACAUAAAAAAGAUAGAUGCUCAAACAUUAAAAGGAAUGCCUAGACUAAAAACACUGAAGCUCGGAAAUAAUAACAUAAGGAAAGUUCACCCUCAAGCAAUGGCAACGUUUAUCUACCUUGAAACUUUAACAUUGAACAAUAAUAAAUUAAGAGAUCUAAACAAUGGUAUGUUUUCAAAUCUACAAAAUGUGUACUCGAUUAAUUUAUCUAAUAACAAAAUAAGAUCGGUCAGUGAAAAUACAUUUCUUGGGUUGGAUAAAUUAGAGGAUCUUCUCAUGUCAGGAAACAAAAUAAAUUCUAUACAUAAGCUUGCAUUUCGAGCACUCCCUAGUUUGAGUUCUCUGGAUUUGAAAGAAAAUCGACUAGUAAGUUUUAAUUUCUCAUUUGUAACAAAUAUGGCACUGCUAACAAUAAUGGAUCUGAGUAAAAAUCAUUUAUUCUGGAUUGAUAUACCACCAGGAGCCUAUCUACGUCUUAAAGACUUGUUAUUGUCGAACAACAAUUUACAGACAUUAAGUUCAAACAUCAAACACUUAAUGGGUCGUUCAUCUAUUUUAUCUUUGGAUAACAAUCCAUGGGAUUGUGACUGUCAACUGAAAUGGGUAGUGCAGCCUUUAAAGAAUGUCAGAUUAGAUACGUCAAAUGAUGCUAUGUGUAAAUCACCUCCAAAACUUCAUGGUACAAAGUUCUCGGAACUAACUGAUGGAGAUAUGACUUGUAACCAGAACGUUAACACCAGUCAUGAUGUCACUCUGAUGUGUAAAGAUGGUGUGUUUAGUAAAAGACCGAUAGCUAGACGACGGUCAGUUGGGAAGGAAAUGAUGAAGAAACACGUGACAGUCUAUAGGAACCGUGGAGAUUAUGUCGUUGAUGGUGUUAUGUUGACCCCAGAUUGGGCUUUGGUACCUGCAGGUGCCCUGAGAUACCUUUCCGAUGCAGAUAUACACGUCAAAAUAGGACGUGGUAAAACGUCCUAUAAAAUAUCACACAUAGUGGUACAUCCUCUACUGUCACUUGGUAUGCAGCAAUUUAACGUUGCUCUUUUACGUCUAGUUCAAAAGAAAUCGUCACCUCUUAUAGAUCAUCAGUGUAUUAUUGCAGAAAAACAAUUCAAAUCGCUUUCACAAGUUUUACCUGUUUUCUAUGUCUCAAUUCGAUUGGAUGGGAAGAAACCAAAAACUAAAUUAAAAAUAAGAAAGGGUAAAGUUAAUCACAAAUGUGCUAAUGACCAAGAUUAUAUCUGUGGUAUACUCAAAGGAAAUAAAAAAGAUGUUAUAACAUCAGUGGAUGGAUCUCCACUGUACAUAGGACACUCUAGUAACCUCCGACUUGCUGGCCUCGGAACACAUUCAUGGAGUAACCAAAAAAGUCAGUAUAUAUUCAUUCCUCUAUGGACUAUUUCGGACUGGGCUGAUGAUAUCAUGAUAGAGUUUAACGAGAAAUGUAAAAAAAAUAAUAAAAGUGGUAAACUCUUUUGUAAAGAACUAAAAUUACCUUCAGCAGACGAACUUUACAUGAAAAUUCAUAAAACGGAACAGCACUGAGACUCGUCUACAAUUAUUGAGACCCUGGAUUAUAUCGAAAAGCGAUUAUAAGUUCGAGGUUGUGAUUUAAUAUAUACCAAAGAAAUAAGGAAAUAAUCCAGUACGUUAGAUUACCUAAACUGUUAUUGUUAGUAUCCAGUCAAGUUCCUCUUUGAUUCAUUGAAAUAUAAGAUCACAGAAAACCAACAGUUAUAAGGGAGAUAAUUUUGUGUCCUAAUUUUAGUGCCAUAUUUUAUAUUGAUAAAAUCCUGACAUUAUUGUAUGUUGUAGCCUAAAUCAAACGUAAUGAGAAUCUCAACGAAAAAAAACAAUGUCAAGUUCAAAAAUAAUUUAGGAAAAAUUACUUUUAAUUAUCCUGCUUCUUAGUUUGUCUGAUAUGUAUAUAGAAGAUGAUGUAUAAUUUAAACUUACCAAUACGAUAUGUGCGUCUUACAUGAAAACUAUUAUCAGAAAGACUAUUUAAAAGGCAAAAUAACAUACUCUUAUGUUAAAGGAUACGAACAAUCUUAUGUACAGGUCUGAGCAUGAAUACGAUUGAAAUCAAUGUAUCAAUUAUCUCAAAUGAUGACACGGUUCAGAACAUGAUUAUAGUACUGUGGAUUCAUUUAUUUUCGUGGGUAUCAAUUUUUGUGGAAAGAGAAAGGCAUUUCGUGGUAUACGUAAAUUCGUGGAUCGCUGUCUCAAACAAAAAUGUUUCAGGUACAAAAAUUAGUGGAUCUCUGUUUGAAUAAUCAAUAAAUCAAAAGAUAGAAAUUCAUUGAAAAUAGUUUGAAUUGUCAUAAUCGUCGCUCGGUCAUUCUAGGUUAGAGUGUUCAUUUAAACCUUUGAUUACAAGCGUGGACAAAGGUAACUAACUAUUUGUUUGUUUUACAAUUGAUAAUUUCUUGUUAAAAUUUUGAAAAUAUGGUAUUUAAAGCCCUUUGAUGUACAACUGAUUGAGCUAUUUUAAGCAGUCAUUAAAAAAUGAUCAAAAGUAAGAAACACGCUUAUGAUUGGUUAGACGAAAAAGUUGAUUGACAUGUUGUCAAGUUGUUCAUCUGUCUUGUUUAGGUAUAAAUAACUCCCAUCAUCGGUAGCUUAUUGAAGCGUAAGUGUAUUAGUCUUCAAAAUUUGUAGAAAUGGUCAGUUCCUAAAGGAUUUAGUACCUACCAUUCUGUUUUUUUCCGGGGUUAACAUAAUCGAACAUUGACGUUGAAAUGAGGAUAGGACCGGGAAGUGGAGAUUAUUUGUGGUCCUGUUCACCGUUUUUCUAGUUAUCUGGUAUAAGGUCACCACCUAAUUUCUGCUUGGCGUUGUAUAUAUGUGUGAACAUUUUCCUACGUACAACACUUUAGCAGCAUUCAUUUAAAUGAUAGUUGUGUAAAUAUAUUAUCAUGAUUGUCUUUCAGUACAUUGUAUACUUGUUAAUACCGUGUUAUAUUAUAAUGUCUUGUUAUGCAGGUAUUUUACUAAUAAAACAGAUUUUGUAACCAUC